AUGUCUCCUUCGACUACCCUGAUCCCUCCCGAUGCCGACGAUAUCACGACCAUCGCACAAGUCGUACAACCGCCUCAGAUUGCACCGCACCGCUCCCAUGACCCAACUAACAAUCUCAAACGCAGCGACCCGUUUCAGUUCGGUUCGCGCUACCUCGAGCAAGGUGACGAUGUGUUUGAGUUCAACGCCUGGGACCAUGUCGAGCCGGAUGACAACUUCAAGGCUUUUGCUGAGGAGCAAUACGCCAAGCAGCGCGCAUCUCCCGUGUCCGAUUUUGACAAGAAACGCUUCAACACCGACCCCGUGAAGUGGUGGAAUCUAUUCUACAAGAACAAUACGGCCAAUUUUUUCAAAGACCGCAAGUGGCUGCGUCAGGAAUUCCCUAUCCUGGCUGAAGUCACUAGUGCCGGGGCUGGCCCGAAAGUAGUCCUGGAGGUGGGCGCAGGCGCUGGAAAUACAGCGUUCCCUUUGGUGAAUAAUAACAAUAACGAGGAACUCAUGGUCCAUGCGUGCGAUUAUGCCAAGACUGCGGUCAAGGUAAUGCGCGAGAGCGAGCACUACAACACGAAGUAUAUGACUGCCGAUGUGUGGGAUGUCACGACCAAGCCGGACGAGAAUCAGGAUUCCCUGCCACCAGGGUUGACCGAGGGGUCUGUGGAUGUGGUCAUUUUGAUUUUCAUUUUCUCAGCCCUAGCUCCGAACCAGUGGGACCAGGCGCUUCGCAACGUGUACCGCGUGCUGAAACCCGGUGGUCAAGUCCUGUUCCGUGAUUACGGCCGAGGAGACUUGGCCCAGGUCCGUUUUAAGAAGGGCCGGUAUCUGGCAGAGAACUUCUACAUCCGUGGCGAUGGCACGCGAGUGUAUUUCUUUGAUAAAGACGAACUGCAGCAAAUGUGGACUCAGUGGACGCCGGAGAAGGGUCUCCCCGAGAGACCAGUGGAGGGUGAUACCAGGUCUACGGAUCAACCUGCCCCUACCCCUGACACAGGAGUGUUCGACGUGCAGAAAUUAGCCGUUGACAACCGAUUGAUUGUCAAUCGCCAGAGCAAGCUGAAGAUGUACCGGGCUUGGAUUCAGGGUCAUUUUGUCAAGCGGGAAAACGUCACUCCCGCGGGCGACGGCAGCACAUCAUCAUAA